AUGCUCGGAAAGGUUGGACUAUGCCAUGUGUCUGAGCUCCCUGAAGGUUAUAGUGAAGACAUUGAGUCAAAGUACAAAAUUCGGGAAAAAGUUAAGGCCAAGAUUUUGAAGGUUGAUGAAGAGAGACAAAGAAUCUCGUGGGGAAUGAAGGGAUCAUAUUUCGCUAUUGAAACACAACAAAUUCAUGAUUCUGAUGCACCUGAAGAUUCUGAUUCCGAAUCCGACAAUCGUAUCCCAUAUGAGACCUCGGAAUCACUGAUUCCAUUCUCUAAACAUCCAACUUUAACUGAAGUGGAAUCCAGGGCUUCUGUUCUUCUUCUUGAAGUUACAUUAGAUAAAGAAACAGAUGAGUCACCUAUAGAGGAAGAACAAGCUCAAGGUCCAGAGCCUCUUGAUAACAAAAAAUCGGAAAAGAAUGAGAACAAAAGUAAGCGAACCAAAAAGAAAGAAACAAAUGAAAGGGAACGAGAAAUUAGGGCUGCAGGGGAGACACUAUUGCAGAAAGAUGUUCCAAGAACAGUUGAUGAUUAUGAGAAGAUGAUAAGAAUGCUCCCCAAAUAG